AUGGGAAUAGCGGACGUACGCCUGACAAGUGAUUCUCAACUAGUCAUUCGACAAGUGGAGAUGGAAUACAAUGUUUAUGAUGAGACCCUCUCAGCAUACAUGACUCUGGUCCAUACCCUAGCAUCACAGAUACCCAGCAUUAAGUUCCGACAUCUAUGUAGAAGAGAUAUUAGUCAUGCCGAUGCCUUAGCAUACAUAUCAUCUAUGCUAAGGGAUGAAAACGUCGAGGCUAUCAAGAUAACAAGAGUAUAUGAGACUUCGAUCACUCCACAACAAUCCUUCGCUACCCAUCGUGAAGACGAUGUAGGGGAGGAUAUCGUCGAUGACGACGUAAGGGAAGAUAUCCAUGAUGAUUUCGUCAAAGACGAUAUCUUAUCAAGAGAAAAUGAAGGCGAAUACUUUAGCAACGAAGAUGACUGGAGAACCGAAAUCCACCUGUUCCUUGAAGAAGGAACGCUGCCUGUAGACCUGAAGCAAGAUCAAAAGAUACAAUCAAAGGUAGGAAGAUACGAUCUUCAUGACGGAAUUCUUUAUAAGAAGUCUUUCCUCGGUCCAUUAUUGUGCUGUUUAUCCAGAGAAGAAGGCCACCGUAUCCUGAAGGACAUCCACUAUGGGACGCAGGAAACCACAGUGGAAUGA